UGUGCAAUUCAAUCUACCACAAAUACAAUGUUGCAAUGUGUGCAAUCUAUAUUUUUAAAAUUUACGGUAUUCAGCAUUUUCCUGUCUUCACACUUGUUCCUUCCAUUAUUUACGGCAAUCCUGAUGAAAAUCAACAAAAUACAAAUUGAGAGGCAGCACAGAGAGGUAAUAUAGAAAGGGAAUGGCUUUUGAGUCAGACAAACACAAGUGUGGAUCCCAGCUAAGCCCCUAGAUGUGUUACCGGAGAUGAGCUGCAAAACAUUUCUCAGUCUUAGUCUCCUGUAAAAUAGAGGUAAUAAGAAACACUUUUCAGUAUUUUGUGACAUGUAGAAGUGAAGUGAUGGUGGCAUGCACCACUCUUGGUUAAUAGUAAGUCCUGUUGUUAAGUCUCUAAUGGCGAUACCCUAUAGCUUCCCCAAAUGGCGACCUUGCCAAAUUGUUUUCCAAAGCUACAUGUGGCUUUUUUCUCCCAGUCCUUCAUUUUAAUUCUCAUGAUAAUUUAACUUUUAUAUUUUUAUUAGAUGCAUUUAGUAACUCACCUCACAGUCAUUUUCUUGGAAAUUCAAUUUCUUCUCCACAGGGUCUCUUUUGAGAUUAAAGAGAGAGAUGUGGCAAAUUUAGGAUGUUAGAACAAUUUUCAUUUAAAAGUAGAUCCUUGUUUUUAUUACCCUACCAUUAAUGUUUUCUGUUUUCCUUUAUCAGCGAGUUACUUCCAUUUGAUUCGUAUUGCCAAACUGAACUCUCUUGUUUUCUUGCAAGAUGAAAGGAGGCAACCAUGAAUGAGCCACUAGACUAUUUAGCAAAUGCUUCUGAUUUCCCCGAUUAUGCAGCUGCUUUUGGAAAUUGCACUGAUGAAAACAUCCCCCUCAAGAUGCACUACCUCCCUGUUAUUUACGGCAUUAUCUUCCUCGUGGGAUUUCCAGGGAACGCAGUAGCGAUAUCCACUUACAUUUUCAAAAUGCGACCUUGGAAGAGCAGCACCAUCAUUAUGCUGAACCUGGCCUGCACAGAUCUGCUGUAUCUGACCAGCCUUCCCUUCCUGAUUCACUACUAUGCCAGUGGCGAAAACUGGAUCUUUGGAGAUUUCAUGUGUAAGUUUAUCCGCUUCAGCUUCCAUUUCAACCUGUAUAGCAGCAUCCUCUUCCUCACCUGUUUCAGCAUCUUCCGCUACUGUGUGAUCAUUCACCCAAUGAGCUGCUUUUCCAUUCACAAAACUCGAUGUGCAGUUGUAGCCUGUGCUGUGGUGUGGAUCAUUUCACUGGUAGCUGUCAUUCCUAUGACCUUCUUGAUCACAUCAACCACCAGGACCAACAGAUCAGCCUGUCUCGACCUCACCAGUUCGGAUGAACUCACUACUAUUAAGUGGUACAACCUAAUUUUGACUGCAACCACUUUCUGCCUCCCCUUGGUGAUAGUGACACUUUGCUACACCACGAUUAUUCACACUCUGACCCAUGGACUGCAAACUCACAGCUGCCUUAAGCAGAAAGCUCGAAGGCUAACCAUUCUGCUACUCCUCGUAUUUUACGUAUGUUUUUUACCCUUCCAUAUCUUGAGGGUCAUUCGGAUCGAAUCUCGCCUGCUUUCGAUCAGCUGUUCCAUUGAGAAUCAGAUUCACGAAGCUUACAUCGUUUCUAGACCAUUAGCUGCUCUGAACACCUUUGGUAACCUGUUACUAUAUGUGGUGGUCAGCGACAACUUUCAGCAGGCUGUGUGCUCAACAGUGAGAAGUAAAGUAAGCGGGAACCUUGAGCAAGCAAAGAAAAUCAGUUACUCAAACAACCCUUGAAAUACUUCAUUUACUUAACCAAAAAUAAAUACUUGCUGAUACUUUACCUAGGACUCCUAAGCGUUCAGGAUGUCUCCCUCAAUGGAACUCCUGGUAAAUACUGUGUAUUCAAGUAAUCAUGUGCCAAAGCCAGGGCAGAGCUUCUAGUUCUUUGCAAUCCCUUUAUUGAGCUCCUCCAUUGGGGAGAUAAAGAAUUGGAUGCGUGCAUAUCAGCAAAGUGUACAGAUAUAGUAUUACAAGCUUUUGGAACUCAGAGGCAUCUUAGAGAACAUCUGUUCCCACCAACUUAUUAUAUAUACAUGGAAACCAAUUUCAUACUCUUGCCCUAGAUUGCUCAGUAAAUUAGUGCCAAGAUAGGAGAAAACCAAUCUUUUCACUCAUCAUUUCAUGCUCCUCUUCACUCCAGACCUGUUAGUAUUGAACCAUUAGAUAAUUCAAAUCACUACUUGUAUCUUUCUUAAUAUUUAUUUUUUACAUCUUAUAGCUCUACGAUUUGUUUCCUUCAAGCUUAACUUUGAGAUUAUAAAACUGGGUUUAGCCAGUUCUGUAUAUUACUUGCAAGCCAGUAAGAUGCCCUUGAAAUAGUUCAAGGACGUCCAUGCAAAUAGCUGAAAUUAGUACCUGCAAGAUAUUUGGAGUAUUAUGUCUUUAUUGUUGUUAAAAAGUUUUUAUUGAAUUUAUAAAAAUUGUCAAAUCGUAUUCAUCAUUAUUAACAUGUCCUGGGGAAGGAAGGAAAACUUUUGAGGACAGAAGUCACUUUCAAAUAUCAUGUAUGUAUUGGGUGUUCAAUCAUAUCUAACACUGUUUUGAUUUUUGUGGGAAAAUAUUCCAGGAAACACUAAUUCUCUUUAGAUACCUUGUUCUUUUAUGACUACAAUGAACAUAUGUCUAUGUAAUAGCUAAAUAUAUUUUUGAAUUGUGUGUGUGCUUAAUUAUCAGUAAGUAUAAAUAUUUGAGAAAAUACCUGGUCUGGAUAUUUAAAACCCUCCUAAACAUGUUGGUACAGUUAAUAAACUUAUUUAUAAUUAUGUAA